CCGAAACAUUUGUUGGUUGUCUCCUCCGCCUCGAGCCAAGACCCACACCUACACAAGAGAAGAGAAGACGAAAAGCCAAACGCAUCGCCGCCGAUUUCCCCAAAUCGGAAACCGCCCCUCCUCCGCCGCGCGGCGACCCUCGCGUCCCCCAGCGCAGUCGGCGCCGUCAUGGACGAGGACCACGACUGCGACCCCGACCAGCCGCCGGCCGGAGCGGCGGCGGGGGCGAGCCCGUGCUCGUGCUGCUCGACGCCGUGCGCGGUCGCGACGUGGCGGCGGUCGGUGAAGAGGAAGCUGGGGGAGAAGGGGGAUGGGGAGGGGGAGGGGGAAGGGGCGGUGGUGCUGGCGCGGGUGGAGGCGGAGGAGGAGGCGGCGGCGCUGCGGGAGGCGGUGGCGGCGGCGCAGGAGACGGCCGCGGCGCUGCGGUCGGAGGUGGAGGAGGAGCGGCUCGCGGCGGCCAGCGCCGCGAGCGAGGCCAUGGCCAUGAUGCUGCGCCUGCAGCGGGAGAAGGCCGAGGUCCAGAUGGAGCUCCGCCAGUUCCGCCGCUUCGCCGACGAGAAGAUGGCGCUCGACGCCGCCGAGAUCGACCACCUCCGCGCCGCCCUCGCCCGCCGCGCCCGCCACCUGGCGCGCCUCCGCUCCACGCUCCGGGAGUACCGCCACACGUGCCUCCGCCUCGGCAUCCCACUCGCCGAGGGCGACCAAGCCGAUGAGUUGGCCCUAGACGACGGGUUCGUUCUCGAGGGCGAGGAUGGCGACGGCGCCGGAUACUACCCAGAGCUACGCUGCUACGACGGGGAGUACUACUACGAGGAUGGCCAAAAGGAGGGCGAGGAGGAGGACGAUCCCGUUGUCGUCGAUCUGGAGCGCCGGAUCUACCUCCUCGAGCACGACCACAAAAACCAUGGAGUUGAGCUGUGCUUGGAGGAAGAGGAAGGCGCUCCACUUUACGCAGACGAGCCGCUGCCGGAUUCAUCUGAGCAGGAAUUGAACAGCGUAUAUGUCGACGAGGCAUUGCCUGAAGGGACUGUGCAGGAAAGAAACCAAUGCAGUGAUGAUGAUGAUGAGUUGCCGGAGUCUCCAGCUGCUAGAAAUGGCAGUGAGGAAGAGGGAAGCGAUAGUGAUGGUGGUCGCAGCGGCAGUGGCAGCGAUAGGGUAUACACAAUCGACAAGGUGCAUCAAGGUGCUACUGCUCCAGCAGCUAGGGUCUUAGAGAAUUACCAGGAUGGGGAAGUGGAGCCAGACAUUAAGAAGCUAUACAUGAGACUGGAGGCGCUGGAGGCAGACCGGGAGUCAAUGCGGCAAGCCCUGGUGGCAAUGCACUCGGAGAAGGCUCAGCUUGUGCUCCUCCGGGAGAUUGCACAGCAGCUAGCCAAGGAUGCUACUCCAGCUAACACAGGAGGAUUUGGGGUGGUGCCAACUGUGCACCAUUUUCCUGGAAAGCAAGAUGGGUUCAGAGAUCAGAGGUUUCGGGAAAACAGGAAGAUGGCGAUUGCCAAGAGACUCUCCAUGGUUGCGUUGUGUAAGUGGAUUGUUGCUUUAUUUCGCUCUCAGAAAAGGAACCCAUCACAAAGCAGGUACACAUUUGGUCUAUCUGGCAACAAUGUCGGCUUGCUAGUACUCCUGGACAAGUACCCGCGGAUUCAGAAAACUCUCACAAGAAGAAAGUAAAAAACGCGGAUUCCGAAAAAUCUCACAAGAAGAAAGUAAAAAACCUUACUGGAGGAGCAACUGCUGUUCAGUGUAAAUAAAAAUAGCCAUCGGUUGGGGAGUUUGCUUGUAAUGGCAUUCUUUAUUUAAAGGUUGGGUGGAGCAAGUGUUUCCUUGAUUCUUUUACCGAUGUUUUUCGCUUUGUCAGUCACCAGCACAGGAAAUGCGGAAGGUUAUUGCUUUAAUCCUGUGAUUUGUUCGUGCUGUUUUGGGGGACGCUUUUGCUUAUUUCUCACCGGCAAAAGCUAAAUGCAUGUACAGUGUGCGUGUAAUACAUGGUGGUUGGAGACUGGUGGUUGAUUGAUUUCUUUCCUUCCAGAUUGAGAGAAUAUUGAGGAAUCUAGUAUUCUAGCUGCACAAUUGUCCUUACCAGUUUAAAUGUUCCGUUUUGCUCUUUA